CAAGUUUUCAAUCCAUCAAUCCAAGUUGCUGUACUAGUAGCUGUAGUAGCUGGUGUUAUUCUCUAUGGUUGUACACACUAUGAUCCAAGAGCCUUGGUUAUCAGUGCUGUUAUUGGUGCCUUACUCAUCUACUUGACUUACAGGGCAUAUAUGAUGUGGUACAUAAAUAACUGUAGUCAAGCAUUAAAAUCAUCCGUCGAAAUACGAACAGAAUCAUCCAAAAUGAUGCCUUCCCAUGACGGUCGUAGUGUAAAGACUGACAACAUCUUCACCAAUCUGACAGUAUAUUAUGCAGAUGAAAAACAAGAGAAAAAAGAGCAAGCAAAAGACCUGGGUAGAAGUGAACAGCUGCAGGAAUACACCAAAAGAACGAUGAGUUGUAAAGUUGAGAAAUACGAAGAUAUUUUCAUUGACAUGAAAGGAGAAAAUCCAAAAUUACUUCUUACCGGUAAAGCCGGGAUAGGUAAAACCUUACUUUGUGAGAAAGUCAUACGAGAUUGGUCUAUGAAUAGAWUAUUUCAAAAGGAAAACACUCCGAAUAUUCAGUUUGCCUACCUGUUGAAGUUCCGUCAGCUCAGUUUACAGGGCGACAAAAAGAUGAAUUUACAAGAACUACUGAAUUGUUCGCCCCUUCUUGACCACAAUUCAGUCAUCAACGAUUCAUUAUUUGAACAUUUGAUUCAAAAUCCCUCCAAGGUACUGAUCAUCUUGGACGGGUUUGAUGAAUGUUCAGAAGAGCACCGUAAACAAAUCGCUAGCGAUUACGAAGAACAAUAUCCAAAUGAUUCCAAAGAAAAGAUGCCAAUCCCWGCACUUUGUUCUAAACUGAUCAGAGGAAAAGUUUUAAGAAAUUCUGUUGUUCUGGUAUCUUCAAGGCCAGGCAAGGCCGAGAAGUUGGGGAAAGUCCAAUUUGAUCGAUACGUAGAAAUCUCGGGCUUUUCACCUGAACAAGUAAUCGAGUAUGUUGACAAAUAUUUCAGCGAACCAGGAAAAGAACAAACAAAAAAGGUGGUACGCGAACACGUAGAAAAAAAUGAGAACCUAAUAAGUUUUUGUCAUAUUCCGCUAUCGUCUUUGUUGUUGUGCUGGUGUUUAGAAUGGCGAAUUAGUCGUUCAGGAAUCACAGAAAAUCUACCCGAUAAAAUAACUUAUCUUUAUGAUGAAGUUGUUAAAGUCUUGGUAAAAAAACUUCAUGCAAAUCUCAAAUAUUCAGAAAUGUCAGAAUAUGCAAAGAAAAUAGCUAACGAAACGAUAAAUAAACUAGCUAAAUUGGCAGCUAAUUUACUGAAGGAAAGUAAAUAUAUUUUUGACGAACAAGACAUGAAAAAACUAGGCCUUACCGAGGACGAAAUUGAAAACUUGAAAGUAAGCGGCAUUCUUCAUUGUGAUCCUGGAAUUAGAACUACUCCUCUUCAAACAAAAGCAGAGUUUAGUUUCACUCAUUUGACUCUGCAGGAAUAUCUCUCGUCUUAUUUUUUUGUAAAAAAUAAAGAAAUCCCAGAGAAAGUGAGUGGGCAGACGUUUGUGUUCAUGUGUGGACUUUUGUCGAGAAAAAAACAUGGAGAGAAGCUAAUGAAUAAACUAAUCCAACAGGUAGCGCCUAAGGAUCGUGAAGAUAAUGUAAAUAAACUGCUAAUGUUACAGUGUCUGUAUGAGUAUGGAGAGCAAGAACUAACUAAGCAAACCAUAAAUAAUCUGUACUAUAGAUACUGUAAUAGGUAA